AUGUCAGUGUCAUAGAUAAGAAAAUCAAUAAUAUUGCUUUGCUGAACGGUGAAAAAUUGAAAAUAUUCGCUAUUCGGAAAUGUAUCAUUUUAAUCGUUAAAUUAAGUGAUUAAACGAUAUUAAUAUAACCAUUUCACCAUCCAUAUUCAUAUAUGUGUCGUGUGACGGUAAAUUCAGGCAGAAAAAUGGUAUAAUGAUAACAAUUCUUAGUGCAAACAAAUAUUAAUAUUCUCAUUGUAAAAAUAACGAAUUUAAGAGAAUUUAAUUCAAAAUGAAGAGAAUAGUGCAUUUGGAUUUGAAGGGUGCUCCAUUGAGAGUGGAAUAUCUGGAGAAGGUGAUGGUACUUAUGAGAACAUGGGGAGCUGACGGCAUACUCCUAGAGUGGGAGGACACAUUCCCAUACACAGGAAACUUAGCCGAUAUUGGCAGUGUCACCAACAGUGGCGGAGACAACAUGUACAGCAUGGACGAAGUCAUGCAGAUACUGCAAAUGGCUAGGGAUUGUGAGAUGGAGGCUAUCCAACUAAUCCAAACAAUAGGGCACAUGGAGUUUGUGCUAAAACACCAAGCGUUCCGUGACCUCAGAGAGAAUGAGCGCUCACCGUCAGUUCUGUGCCCGACUAAGCCUCAAUCUCAAGCGUUAGUGAGGGAGAUCAUAGACCAAGUGUUGGAGGCGCAGCCCGAUGCUAAGUACCUGCAUAUUGGGGCUGAUGAGGUAUGGUACUGGGCUCUCUGCCCCACCUGUCGGGAGAAAGCCGCGAGCCACCAGUAUGGCAACCCUUCGCUAUACUUGGACCAUGUGAAGGAUCUAGUCUUGUACAUCAAAGAGAAGAGACCUGAUAUCAAGGUGCUUAUGUGGGACGAUAUGAUGAGGACCAUGGACCCGGAGAUGCUGAAAGAAUAUGCGCUUGGAGAACUGGUGGAGCCGGUAUUCUGGCACUACAACCCGAGUGACUCGUUUAACAUUAAGAAGGAACUGUGGGACACUUAUGCCAGGCUGUUCCCCAAGCUCUGGGGCGGGUCUGCGUUUAAAGGAGCCAAUGGUAGCAGUCAGAUACUAUCCCCAGUGACUCGCUACAUCACGAACCAGGAGGCGUGGGCGAAUCAGUUCAAGGACUACGCCGACCGCAUCAAGUUCCAGGGUAUCAUACUUACUGGAUGGUCCAGAUAUGACCACUACGCGACACUAUGCGAGCUGUUCCCGGUGUCGCUGCCGUGCCUCGCCAACUGCCUGCGCAUCCUGUGCCUCGCGCACGGCCUGCCCGCCAGGUACGCGCGAUUCAUAACGAAGCGUUUGUUUCGAAAGAAGCCCGUCUCUGUGCUUACCUACUACUUUGAUCCAGCUAAGAUCCUAAAUGAAGUCCUGCCUCCGGAAGAGUGGCCGGGCGAGGAGUUGGCGCGGUGUGUGCACACCUUUAUAUUCAUCCGGGAACGAUGUCUUUCGCUGCUAAACAGCGACUUAAUCAACACCUGGUUGAAUCCGUGGCAGAUAUCACACAAGUAUACGAUUCCAGUACAUGUGGAAGGCAUUGCGGUCGCCACACAGCAAAUACUGACAGAAUUAUCAGUGCUCAAAACCGAGCUAUCAGACCGUCUCAUACAAAUCACAGGCGAGCGAAGCCGAGACGAAUGGCUUGAAACUCACGUGGAACCACUUAUUGCUAAGCUAACGAGAGUGUAUGAGGUUUCUCGAGAAAGAUCCGUUUCUGAUGCCAGCGUUAAACCUACUUAAUUUACUUAGUUAAAAGUACUUUUAUUUGGCUGCGUUCAAACUGACUGCUUGCCGCCGAAUGUCAGCGUCUAUGCAUAGCGUAAUAAUAUAUCGUCGGUUAGAUGUGCACUACCCCUUACUUAGACUGGUGUCAGACUUACUGGCUUCUGACUACCCGUAACGACUGCCAAGGAUGUUUAAUGACAGCCUGGUCCUACAGUUUAACGUGGAAAGGUGAAUAUGUAGGGAAAUAAAAUAAACUGCGUAACGUUCGCUCACAUUCCGCGGCUGACCGUCAGUUUGGUUUGAACACAGCCUUUGUAUUGAUGUGGCAAACAACCCCCAGUUUUCUCUCGAAUUUUGAAUUUU